AUGGAUUCGAGCUGCAGCAGCGGAGGGUCGGCGAGACCCACACCGUCGGCGUCGCCGGGUGCCGUAGAGGAACGGCAGGUCGCCGGCCCAGUGCGCGGCGACGGCGGGGCCGAGCGCGGCGGGGUGGCGCGCGAGCCAGGCGCCGAGCAGCUCGCCGCCGGGGAGCACGGCGGAUGGCGCGGCCGGUGUGGUACCAACGUGCAAUUAACUCGGCCGGCGCCGCCGCUGGAGUCGAGGCGAGCUGGUCAACACCAUCCCCGGCAAGCGGCUCGAGCUGCCGCAUCGCCGCGUCCGUCGCCCCUGCCGCCGGCGCCGUGGACAGGGCGGGCGCGGCGCCGGCGCGCGCACCCCGGUGUCCCGCGAGGUCUCCUUCUCGCGCGACGAGUGGCGCGGCCCGCCGAUGCUGGAGUCGAGGAGGACGCAGCUUGGUCCUCUCCUGGUGGGCAGGUGUACGGGUGCUGCGGGGGCGCGCUCCGGCUGGACCCGUCGGGGGUGAUCGGCGUGCCGCUGGGGGCGGUGGACUACUACUGCGGCGGGGCGUGCGUGAUGGAGACGGAGGACGUGCUCAACUGCGUGGCCAGCGCGCUGGACGGCUUCAGCUUCCGCAACGGCGCCUCCGUGGAGGGCGCGCGCUACGCCCUCAGGACGGGCGCGCGCACCCCGGUGUCCCGCGAGGUCGCCAUGCAUGAGCUCGCCUCCCUGCUCCGGCGCCCUCCCCGCGAGCUCCGGCGCCCGCCCGCCGUGCCCCAGCUCCGGCGCCCUGCUCGCCGCGCCGGUCCCGUCCCGUGCGCGCCUGCUUCGGUUGGUGGGGAUGGGGAGUGUGAGCACGUAGGCGGGCCUGCAGAAAAGAGAGGGAGAGAGAGAGAGGAGGCCGGCAUCCCCAGCUGCCUCCCGGGGGGGCUGGGUUUCGCCUGGGCGCGCCGGCCGUAUUUUUCCUCGAAUCCGGCGAAAACUGGGCUCUUGGGUGACGAGUGGAGGAAUUUUACUCGCGGACGGUGAAAAAUGC